AUGGCCGCCCUCCGUGUCUCCGCCUCCCGCAUCGCCGGCCAGAUGGCCACCAAGGCCGCUCGCCCUGCUAUGCGUGCCCCCGUCGCCGCCUCCAAGCGCACCAUCAGCACUGCUUCCCCCAUGCAGGCCCUCAAGCGCCAGCAGGCUUCCAACGUCCUGAACGCCACCAAGCGCAACGCUUUCGGCGUCCAGAAGCGUGCCUACUCCUCUGAGAUUGCUCAGGCCAUGGUUGAGGUCUCCAAAAACUUGGGUAUGGGCUCUGCCGCCAUCGGUCUGACUGGUGCCGGUAUCGGUAUCGGUCUCGUCUUCGCCGCUCUCCUGAACGGUGUUGCCCGCAACCCUGCCCUCCGUGGCCAGCUCUUCUCCUACGCCAUUCUGGGUUUCGCUUUCGUCGAGGCCAUUGGUCUUUUCGAUCUCAUGGUUGCCCUCAUGGCCAAGUUCACCUAA